GUUGCGCUCUGGAGCGGGGAGAGGUUCGUUCGCUCGCUGCUUUGUGCCGGCGCCUCUUUGCAAUUCAGCAUGUCUGGCAGGUCGGUGCGGGCCGAGACGAGGAGUAGGGCGAAGGAUGACAUCAAACGGGUCAUGGCAGCUAUCGAAAAAGUACGGAAAUGGGAGAAGAAGUGGGUGACUGUUGGGGACACAUCGCUACGGAUCUACAAAUGGGUACCCGUAACAGAACCCAAAGUUGACGAUAAAAACAAAAAUAAAAAGAAGGGGAAAGAUGACAAAUGUGGGUCUGAAGUGACGACUCCAGAAAAUAGCUCCUCACCAGGCAUGAUGGAUAUUCAAGAUGAGAACAGUAAUCAGAGUUCCAUAGCAGAUGCCUCUCCAAUGAAGCAAGAGAAUAGCAGCAACCCAAGUCCUGCACCAGAGCAGAUCUUAGUAACUCAAGCAGAUGGCUCUGACACCCGGACGGAGGAAAUUCAUCCCCCAGUCAAAGAACAACCCAGCUCUGAUGACACAUCACCACCAGCAGAGCCAAAUUCCCAAACUCCUCCAGAAUCAUCCCUAACUGAAGUAGAGAAAUCAGAUGAGCAACCAUCAGGAGUGAAAGAGAGCAUGGAGACAACCAAAGAUACUCAGGAAUCUGAAGAUGGGGAGCCUCUUUCAAAAAAGAUCAGAACAGAGACCUCUCAGCAGAGUGCUGAGGAGAGUUAGGCUGUUCAGAAAACUGUGGGGUUAUCUUCCACAUAAAGGUACAUCAAUGGGCCUCAUUUCAGACCAACCUUCUAGAAACUUUCACAUAUUACUAAACAUGGAGGAACCACUGACCACGAAGGAAUGUUGAGUCGUAAUCCAAGUAAAAAUUUGAGAGAAGACUGGACAGAUAUGAAGCUGACUAAUUUUUCUUGUGAAAUAACAUUCUAGUGAUUUAUAUAUUUAAAUUACUUUUGCUGUUAAAGUUGGGUGGGGUGGGUGGAAGAAGUGGACUCAGGAGGGUUGACGCACUGGUAGUUUAUAAAACUUGUCAAGAUCACAUGUUUUUGCUGCUGUAUUUUCAUUCUUAUUUAUGUUGUGAAAUAUUUAAUGAUGGUACAGGUCAGAAUUAGUGUACGUAUGAAAUCCAUUAUUCAUGCCGUUUAAUUCCAUUUUGUGCCUCAAGAAGUAACCACUAUCUUGUAGAAAAUGCCCUAUGUUUGCAUAAUGCCUUGAAAGUAGUAAGAUUCUAUUUGUGAUCAUGUUAAUCAAUAUAACACAGUCUAAAUUGUUUGGUCCAUCUCACUUUUAGCUUUGUAAUUUAAAUGUAGUGCAGGUAUCUAUCUAAAAAUGAGAACUAUUUCCUUGAAUACAUCCAUAUAUAACAGUUGUAUUUAUUUAUCAAGGGAUGAACAUAAGACUUUCUAGGUGAGCAGUUUAAAGGUAUUUUAAAGUAAAAAUAUCGACAGUAGUAAGUAUUUGAAUUGAUAGGUAAAUCAAAAAUUUGAACAUUAUGAGAUUUUCAAAUAGUGACUUUUAUGGAAAAUCCACAAUUAUGGGCAAGUGGUUUGAGCCAUGUAUCUGAUGGCAACUUUGUCCAUGAUUUGGAAUACCUAAUGAAAACCUGUACUGUUGUGCACAUUCCUUUUGAUAUUCUGCAGCAAAUUUUUGUUCUAUAGUGUACAUGCAGACCUAUCAAUUGGAUGACCUUUAUUGAUAAUGCAUACUGUGAAGAGGCCAGUCAAAGUGAAAGAAAAUACUGAACCUUGAAUCUUAUCUUUCAAGAAAUUGACUUAUCCAGUUUGUCAUUUAUCAUGUGCUAGCUAAUGAUAGCUAAAUUCCCACUUUAGAUACUGUAACUUUAUUUCAGCUUCAGUACAGAAGAUGCAUUGGAAAUUAUAAACUUUGUCAAUGGUAGAUGUUCUAAAUUUCAGGAAAAAAAAACAAAUUUUGCAAGUGGGCAUUUUCUUAAAUGACAUCACCCUGUACAGUGAAGUACAUGUGAAAUUCCAUGGAUUAAAUCCUUGUAACCUCAAUGUAAAGCUAACAUUGCAAAAUAUGGACUUGUGUGAACUAUGGAAUCCAUAAAGCAUGAUGUCCAUAAUUAAUUUUUAAACAUUAUUUCAUUAUAAAAUAUUGCCACCAGGUGCACUUAAUUCUAGUCCUGAAAUAUUGGUAUUCAUCCAUACCUCAAUCAUUCCUCUUUAAAUGGUAACAUAUAUUUUAAAAUGAUUACAGUUCCCUGUAAAAAGAAUUGUGUAUAAGUUUUGGACUAAAUAACUAAUGAAAAUAGUAAAGAUGUUACAGCUUUAUUUUAUUGGAGUCUCUUGAUCACUUUGUUUCAUUUGAGACCCAUUGUUUCAAACACUAACAAUUUUUUUAGUGUUGCUCCUCAGAUGUUUUGUUCAUGAUAGACUGGUUGAAGCUGUACACAACUAUAAUUUCAGACUACUUAUAAGAUGUAGGAAUUUGGAGAAACAAAAAAAAUAUUUUUUGUUGAAUAUAAUAUGUUUAAUUGCAUAAUAAUGCUGAUGCUUCACAGUAGCUUAACUAAGUUAAAAAUGUCAACAAUUUUCAUCUGUACUCGGUGUCUGAGGCUCCUCAGUUAGGUGUCCAAAAAUCAGCCAGCAUUGAUGGAUUCCAGUUGCCCUCAUACCAUUUCUCCAUGACUGCAAUGUUCUGGUGAAAUUUUUCACCAAGCUUGUCACUGAUAGUGCAAAGAUUUGCAGGGAAGAAGUCAAAAUGGGAAUGCAGGAAGUGAAUCUUCAGUGACAUGUUGUAUUUCAUGGUUUUGUAUGCUUGAAGCAUGUUGUCAACCAGCUGCACAGAGUUUGGUGCUCUGUAGUUGCCAAGAAACUGUUCAACGUAAUCCUUGAAUGCCUUCCAUGUGAUUUUUUUUUUCUCCAGUCCCACUAUAAGUUCUUUGAAUUGCCUGUCAUUGAUGACCUGUUUAAUUUGUAGACCAACAAAAAUGCCUGCCUUAAUGUUGGCUGACUUGAAUUAUGAAUUGAAAUACCAAAUAUAGGUAUUUUUAAAAUGGUGUGAUAGGAAAAUUUCAUGGUGAUUUUCAUGAUCAGCAGCCCAAAAUCCAUAAUACACCCAGAAGUAUUCAGGAAACAAAAUCUUUGUUAUCCAGUGUCAUGGAACUUGCAAUUAAAUUUGGAAUCCAGGCUGUAUUCAAGGAAGUAAAUUUAGAGUAUUUUCCUGCACGGAUCACAGUUGCACUAUGCAUAUGUUACAAGUGCUUAUGUUUAUAAAAUAAGAAUGCAUACAAUUCUGGAAAUUGUUUUGCUCAAGAUUAUCACACUUUAUUACUGUUAUGCCUAAUAUUCUCUAUCUUAGGUGAAGAACUAUAUGAUCACCAUGUAUAAGAAUUUAAGCUCCAAUGAUUCACCAUUGCCAUGUAUAAAUAAUCAGAUUUCAAUAAUUCAUAUCAUUUUAUUUCUCCAAAAUGUUUUAAAUUUUAUAAUUUGUCACCAUUUUGCCCAACAUUAAAUUGAUACUAAAUCAGAUUUUUUUUUAUAGUGUUCAGUUAUACUUGAACUGCAGUGGUUUCCCACAUGAUAUUUAGCUUGUUUUAUUUGGACUUUAGUUUCAAUAUAUAAUUUGGGAGAUUACUUGUAAAUCACACAGUAUAGAAUUUGGGUACUAACGAGUACAUAAUUUAAUAUGCACGCCAGUACCAAAGGCUUUUGGCUCAUCCUUCAAGGAAAUUAUCCUUUAAAUUUAAAGCUCUCGAGAAAUUUAAGUCAUGCUGGAACAAAAAUGCUGCUCUUCACACACAGUUAAAAUCUAUUAUGUUCCUAGAUUCUUAACCCGUUGGGAUGGGAGGUUAAUUUUGAUGAGGACUGAUCUGCCUCAUUUACUUUUUGAGUACGAAUUAUUUUUCUCAAUUAUUUGGCCCUCACCAAAUCAUAAUAAGUAAAUUUGAUCUUCAAUUGAUAAUACAAUUGGAUUCUAUUUUUUUGUGUGGGAAUUGUUUUUAAAUUCAUUGCUUGGCUAUUUUGGUGUUGCAAGAAAUGUAGAAAGGGAAUCAACAUUGUAUGUGGUGAUAAUAUUUGUUAUGGAGUAGAACAUUCUGUAAUGUACUAUCUUUGGAGUGAUCAUUAACUUUCUGCUUUCAUUGUCAAAAUCAAAAAUAAUACUGUCAAAAUGCAUCCAGUGGAUUUUUUUUGGAGAUCAGCAGUUUUUAUAAGAGUCCCAACUGAUUUGCAAUUCAAUUUUCAUGAACAGUUGGGUACAUUUCACUUUGAAAGGAUUUUUUUGUGAUGGAAACUUGUCUGUAAUUGAAGUGCCUCCUAAAGCAAAUGAAACUUGUUUGCAUGAAUAAGUCAAACAGUGGCUAAGUAGAAAGGGGUAAGGUUUUUAAAAAGUUUCAUUCAAUUGAACCGCAAAUAAAUUAACAAGUGACUGGCAGUUCCUUAAAAUUGAGUACCACGUGCUUCUUAACUAUAUGAAAAUUCCUGUAUGGGGAUCGCAAGGAUUUUUUUGAGCCAUUAGUUUGUUACCUGGUUCAGCAUGUUUUUCCCCAACGGUUUCAGCUACCUGUUCCAUAAGGGAAGGUCUGUUCAUUAAGAAAAUCCAUGCAUAAGUCUCAAAAGUAAUUCUAUAUUGAUACAAAACUAAUAUACCUUUUUAACUAGUCCAUUGAAUUGGGGUUCAGUUCCAGUUUUUCUGGGAACCUUGUUAUAAACUAAUAGGGACUGACAAAACUCAAGCUAGGUUCAACAGUGUUAAUAUUUUACUUGCAUUUUGAUUUGGUUACAUAGACCAAAAUAUUCUAACAGUGGAUUUACUAAAUAUGUGGUGUAUGACACCCCAAAUGGAAAAACCAAGUGAUUUUUCUGUAGAUAUUUGUCAGUUUCAUGUUGCCGCAGUGAAAGCUAGUUGUAUACCUCGUGUCAUGAAGGGGCUUAACAGUAUAAUUUUUAAAACAAUUAGCAACACUAAUGAAUUUUGUAGAUGUGGUAUGAGUUUUUUUUAUAUAAAAUUGGGUGUAAUCUUGCCUUUCCAUAAUUAAAUUUGGCUUUUGCUAAUAGAAUUUCUGUACAAUGUAAUUUUGGUACUGUCUGUUUUUCCAUUUGAAACUUGUAAACUUGUAUGUUCAAGAAAGCUUCUGGCAAAAGGUAUAUGAAAUGAUAUCCAUUCUGUUGUGAAGGCACUAUCAUAGCUAUAGAAAGAAAAUCUUGUAAUUUUAAAAGCUGGAUGGUGCCAGUUUUCCUUUUAUACUGAGUAAAUAAUGGAGCUUCUGUUACACCUUUAAAACUUUUCCUCCAUGUAAGGAAGGCUUUUCCUAUUACAAUUUUGAUCUAUUAAUUCUUUAAACAGAUAUAUUGUUGGACUGCGACAUUGCUAUGACCAGAAUGAGAGCUUAACUUUAUAAACUAGAAAAACAUCGACUUUUGAAUUUGUGUCCUUGCAAUCUUUUAAGAAAUUGAAGCACCACAUUCCAAAUUCUUUUUUGUAGAAGUGCUGGCGCUUAUUUAUUAAUAAAUUGACAGCAGCUUGUACUGCUGCACUAUUAACUGCAGAAAACUAUGCGAUCCUGUCCAGAUAUCAACGUAAAUUUAUCUAAUUGUCCAUAUUUUAACCUAUUAUAUUUAGAGAUCACAGCUAUCAUGAAAAACUUAAGUUUCCAAUUGAAAUGCAAUGUGUUGUACAGCAGUGUUUUCUUUUUUAUUUAUUCCCUUAAGUAUGGUUUGUACCAUGUACAAUGACUGUUUUCAUGAAUAAAAAGUUGUAUAAUAUGGA